UCCAACUUCCCAUUUGGUUCACUGGAUGCCAAAAUGCCCUAUCUCACCCUUCUUAUGGGAACCUUCUAAGGCAGUCGGUAGGGAGGUAGAAACAAACAGCCCACAUAGCCAAGCCAACACACACACAAUAUCUCAUGCAUCAACCUCUCCAAACCUGCCUAAUCCCUACUGCCGUUCUCUUUAGUCAAAGCUGAAAGUGCCAAACCACCUCCCUUUGAUUCCUCCUCCUAUAGACCACAGAUAUCACAAGAGAAAAGAUAUGAUCGGCAUGGCAGAUGAAUUCUAGUUAGUAUAGCUAAUAUUUGCUGUUUCAUUCUGUUCCUAAGGAGAGAUUUUGUGGCUUCAGACAUAUCAGAUGGAGUUCACAGCUAGAAGAAGCGAUGGCUUUUACAUGACCGAGGAAGAAAAGCAUGAAGAAGCUUCCCAACAUCCUUCCUUUAUUCCUUUAUCUUCUUCCUCUUCUUCGCCAUCGACAUCCGCUACCUUCGGAUGGCAUGUUGGUCCAUCCGAUACGGCAGGCAACGGCGCCGCCGGUGAUAGCGGCAACGAGAGCAAUUUCUUCACGGAGAAAGAGCACAUGUUCGACAAGGUAGUCACGCCAAGCGACGUCGGUAAGCUGAACCGGCUGGUGAUCCCCAAGCAGCACGCCGAGAGGCACUUCCCGCUUGACCCAACCGCCAACGAGAAAGGGAUGCUGCUGAGCUUCGACGACCGGACGGGGAAGUCGUGGCGCUUCCGCUACUCCUACUGGAACAGCAGCCAGAGCUACGUCAUGACCAAGGGCUGGAGCCGUUUUGUCAAGGAGAAGAGGCUCGACGCCGGGGAUGUCGUCUCCUUCGGCCGUGGCGUCGGCGAGUCCGGACGCGACCAUCUCUACAUCGACUGGAAGCGGCGGCAGGAGAACCACGAUCUACCCCGGGCGCCACGAGCUCCGCUCACGGGGAUAUCCAUGGCGCGGCCGUUAGGACCGUGGGGUGUCAGCCGUUUCUUCAUCCCGCCGGCGGCCAUUUACGACCACCACCGUCCAGGUUUCGGCUACAGCCCCAUGAGCUCAGGCACCAGUAGCGGCGGUCAGUUUCUUUUCGUCGGAUCUACAUCGGCAGGGCCACCGCAGUUCGGGGUGCAACCUGGCAGCCGCAGCGGCCAGCCGAUGGUUCUCAACUCACUGCCACUCGUCCGCAGUCAGGCUCAGGCUUCAGCAAAGCGUGUGAGGCUGUUCGGUGUGAACCUCGAUUGCCCCGAAUCCAAAGGAAAUGCCCAGCUCCCUAGUGGGCUAUCGUCCGCGAGUGCACCUCAGCUGCAGUCGAGUUCUACGCUUCAGUUCCUCCCGCUUCCGCAUGGCAGAACCGAGUCCUCGGUAGCUCCGUCAUCAACGAUCACCGAUCAUCGCUUAUCGUUGGAUCUCGACUUGUGAGGAAGAACAGAGAGAGAGAGAGAGAGAGAGAGGAGGUUACCCACCAUCCUCCCUAGCAAUUGAGAUGGAGACUCAAUUUACUCUAUAUUUAUAUGAAGGAAUGAAGGAAUAGAGGGAUCGAUCAGAGGUAAAAUUGAACGUAUAUUAGCUGAGGUCAUCUAAGAUAAAUUUCUCGGCUUGUAGAAGCAUGGGAAGUAUUGCCGAAGACCUAUACAUCAUCCAUUGCAGUUCUUAACUAUGUCCUUUCAAAGGAUCCUUUUGUUUAUGUCAGGUUAAUUUGGGUUCAUCUUCUCAAAGCAGCCAACAAGCUUCUUCGCCCAGUUCCUUACUCCUAUUCACUCCGGUUUCAACUUUGCCGGCUAUGCCAUGCCAGUUUCUGUGUGCUAUCAUCAUCAUCCAAGCACUAUGGGCAUCUUGUGACCGGAGAAUACGUAUCUCUUUCAAAUCUUUUCUGCUUCUUCUACUUGGAGAAAGAAGGAAAAGAAGGCCAGAUGCAUGAGCUCAAUGUACCUUCUGCAGUCAAUGGUGUGUUAUGAUAGUCUUAUAUAUGUUGAAGACAGUGACAAGGUAUGUAAGUCAACUCCUUCACUAAAUAGUUCUUAAUGCCCUUCCUUCAUUACCUGUACCAUUUCAGUUCAAUUUCUCUGUACUGAGCCACA